UCUUAUGAAACACAGGAAGACCAGUUUUCUAUUUCAAGAGUACGCUGAGUCGGAAAACUCGAGUGAACUUGUUUGCAACGUGACAAGCAGAGCAGAAGGGUGAAGCAAAAACCUCAUCAGGGAGAUCCGACGAUGGAGGCAUUAACAGGGGACGACGACGUCGACACCGAGAUGCAAGUUCUGACGCCUGAUGACGUCGCCAAGCCGGACCGGGAUGCUGUCGAUGAAGUGGAGAACCUUCAAAACAGUUUACGUGAAGCCGUCCACGAUGACAACGUUCGUCCAAAAAUGCAGUGUUUGGUCAUGGACACCUCCUUCUCCAUGGUGACCAUGCAAAGUGAGGACAGCGGAAUCGCCUGGGAGACCACCCCGAGUCGCUGCUCCACAUCCUGGGCACCCAAAGCUGAGGAACCCGCCGAGGAAUCCGGCCCUCCGGCAGGAAGGAUUAUCUUCGUCAUGGAUGAGGAGUUGAUGUCAAGGCGGAAGAAAUCUGAAGCGGAAGGACAGAAGAGAGAGAGAAGUGACAACAGGUCAGAAAAGCCCGACUUAGUGGGACUUGCCCCGCUGCACGUGAAAGACGAGGGAGAUGAAGAAGAAGAGCGGGCUCCUCGUCAAGAUAAGGAGCAAAGGCUUUUUAGUUUAGUGUCUGAAGGCUCAGAAAUCCUCAACAUUGUUGUUCCUCACAAGCUGGCGAGCGUGGAUGAAGAGGAGAGCAAGGCGAUGGUAGACAACCUGUCCUAUCUGGAGGAAGGAUCUGCUUCUAAAGCUGACGACAAAGAAGAGGAGACCUGUGACAAGUCGUUUGAACAGGACAGCAAGCCGAGGGAGGACGCUUCAGCAGAAUCACUUGCACAAGCCCAACCUACGCCACCGGUUGCAGAUCCACCAGGAGCUCCUGUGGCGAGGCCACCGGGAAAGGACGCUGAUUGUAAUGUGGACUACUUUGAAGCAUUCGCCUUGAUUGAUGAUCAUGCUCCGGGAAGUCCCGCUGUGGUGCCACCUAAGCUUGGACUUCCUGUCCCAGAGGAACCAGUGCAGGGCGAAGACGCCACAACAGGUGAGGAUCACAAAAGCCCAGAUGCCGCACUCACCAGUGAGGCUCUAGAGGAAUUCUUCUACAGCGGUACAGAUGACUACCUCACAAGAAGCCACCCGGACAGCGAGGAUCCCCUCGGAGAGCCCAAAGUCUCCCCGCCUCCCUCUAAACUCAACGGAUGCACUUUGUUUGGAAGCCAAGAGAAUAUCUUGACUCCGGUCUUUCUACCCGAAGGGCCGCCCAAGAUUAUCGACCCCGUUUUGUUAGAAGAACCCAAAGCCUUGGCCUUUUUGUAUAACGACUUGUACGAGGAGGCAACAGGAAGUCGGAAAAAAGAAGAAGAUACAGAGAGCGUGACCUCUGAAAAGUCCUUCCACAGCAGGCAUUCAGAUCGGGAAGCCAGGGGCUACUUGGAGAAGUAUGUCCUCAUAGAUGAGACACCCGUGGUGGAGGCUCAACCAGUUCUUGAGCACAGAUCUUCACUUUUAUCCAAAGGUUUUGCUGAAUUUCCUUCCACGUCCCCUGAGUGUGAAAUGCCAAACUCGGAGGAGGAAAUUACGGAUUUUUUUAGGUCAAGUGCCAGUUCUUCUCCAUGUGACAUCAAGAAUUUUGUAAUUUCACGAGAAGACGACGAGAGUCCAUCCCCUACAAGUUGCGUUACAGAAACGGGUGUAGGAGACACCGGAAUCCCAGAAGGUCCCAUUGACGUCUUUGAGACUUCCUCCGAGCCUGACUGGGAAGGGAUGGAUGUUGACGACGUAACUUCGGACGACAUUGACACUCUGGUGCGAUCCAAUCAACAGAUGUGGCUGCGAGAUUCUGAAGUGGUCAAACCUUGCCCUCCUCCCAGAAGAAAAACCAGAUGCCCCCUGAAGGAGCGUCUGGCCCUGGCCCCUCUGACUCCGGCCGAGGAUACGCCAACCGGGGAAAAACAGCGAGAGGACGAGACCGAGACGCAGGUCAAGACCAGCAAUGAGAAGGAUGAGAAUCAGGAGGUCUCACUCCCUUCCCACAUUCUUCAGGGCAACACAUCUGUUGACAUUACUGAUGAGAAACCAAUCGCGCGAGAGGACAUUGAAGUAGCUUUAACGCAAGUACAACUUAAAGCACCCGAGUCAGAAAAGGUUCACCUGGAAAAACAAGAUCAUUUGGCAACGUUGCCCAUCAAGCCAUCAAAAACAAAUUGUGUCAUUCUUUAGUAUCACUUUCUUCAAAUUAAAAUUAAUAUUCAGUAAAUCUGUU